AUGUCUGGCAGCGACACCUGCAGGCCCUGGUCGGCAGGAAGGCCCACCCAUGGAAUAGAAGACUACAACCAGGUCAUCCACAACUUAGCGAAGCGCACACAGUGGCAGCAAGCUCUGGAGCUGCUGCCGCAGCUCGAAGAUCACAGACUCGAAGCAUCGGUGGUCACAUACAACACUGCCAUCACUGCGUGCGUCCGAGGCGUGCAGUGGAAGAUAGCCAUCUCAUUCUUACACCACCUGCAGAAUCAGCGAUUGGCAAAUGUGAUCACCUUCUCAACGGCGCUGAGCUCGCUGGACGCGGCCAGCUUGUGGGCACAUGCCAUCAUCCUUUUAGCAUCGAUGGAGGGCUUCGGGGUGCAACGGAAUUCGAUCACCUACAACGCAGCAAUCAGCGCCUGUGCAAACAGCGAAGGCGAAUCUUGGGCCGCAGCCUUGUGCCUUCUACACGCGCUGGAGCAGGGGAAUACUGAAACGUCCGUCAUACCAUACAACUCAGCCACUAGUGCCUGUGCCAGUGGACGCUGGGACCUUGCUUUGGCUUUGGUGUCCGGCCUCGGUUUCAGGAGUCUUCAAGCCGACGUCGUCACCCGAAAUGCGCUGAUUUCGGUGCUCGAGGGCAGCGGCUGGCAAGAAUCGCUCCGUCCCUUCGGCGAGCUGAGCCAGGCUUCCUUGCAGCCGACCACGGUGACCUUCAACUCUCUCUUGAAAGUCUGCGCGACCAGCACGGAAUGGCAGCGAGCUCUCCUCCUGUUGCCUGAAAUGGAACUCCGGGAGCUGACCAAUGCAGUCUCGUUCACCACUGCUCUCACUGCCAGUGCACGGGGUUUGCAGUGGAAGACGUCGCUGAUCUUGCUGGGAGAAAUCAAGAAGCAGGCAGCACCGAGCGUAUUUGCGUACAACGCAGCACUCAGUGCGUGUGAAGGCCACGGUUUGUGGGAAUCGGCUCUUCAGCUGAUCGCAGAGCUCUCGACGGACCUGGAGCCUGACGUACUGGCGUACAGCACGGGGAUAAGCGCUUGUGCCAGAAGCGGAGCUUGGCAAUGGGCACUCUGGUUGUUUUCGGUCCUUGGCCGGCGAGACGCAAAGUGGAGCGCGGUCACCUGCAACUCGCUCAUACGAGCAUGCGCCAAGGGCAGUGCGUGGCGCAGGGCUCUGGCCUUGCUGGCUGAAGCUCGAACGCAGCACACCGAGGUGGAGCUCAUCGCCUACAACGCUUGCAUCAGCGCUUGUGAGAAGGCUGCCAAGUGGGAGCAAUCCCUGGCAGUGCUUCGCAUCCUCGAAGUGUCGCCAGGGCUUCAAGCAGAUGUGAUUUCAUUCAACGCAGCCAUCAGCGCAUGCGAGAAGUGCGAGCACUGGGAGGAGGCACUGUGGCUGCUGGGGGAGUUGCGGGUGAAGUCGGUCGAGCCCAGCGUAAUAACUUACAACGCUGUGAUCAAUGCAUGCAGAGGAGGAGGUCAUCGGCAUGCCCUCGUGGACCUCCUCUGGGACUCCGAGGGCCUUCGAGGCCCCGACUCCUUCCUCUGGGCCUUGGCAGCCGCGGGCGUCUCCGAAGCCGAGGUCAUUCAUGAAGCCUGCGCGGAGGUGGCAACGAUUUUGUUUGCUGGUGAGGAUCCUGGUUCCUUCGAAGCCUUGUCCAGGGUCCUCUGGUCCAUGGAGACCUUGGGUGCAUCGAGCCAUCAAGUUUGCAGGUCGAUCAGUCGAAGGCUCUUGCAAGAAAUGAACAGCGCUGAGUUGGAGGAGAUUGCAAUGGUCGUGUGGGCUCUGGUCUCGGGCGACGCGGAUCUUUCAACAGCUGCAGCGAUUCAGAGGAGGGUGGAGAGCCAGCUCAGGCAGUUGAGGCGGACUUCACCAAGUGGGUUGAUCUUCCACCGUCUGGGCAUAUCUGUGAUGGGCAUCGCAGGCUCCUUCGCCAUGGCUGGGCGCUUGCCCCAAACCUUCCGAGCUUUGCUGCAGAAAGCGCUGCUGCAAACCGGCCGGGACUUGGACCAAAGAAGCAACAUCAAGAUGCGGACAAGCCUGCUCCAUGCGCCUUCUGAACAUGACGACAUGUCGGCGACGGUGGUGUGGGACCGCCCGGACCGAGCCGUUUUCUUCAAGCCCCCUGGAUGGGAAGUCUAUGGUGCCCAUACGAAUCGCCAGAUGUCGUCCUUCGCUGCCAGCCACUUCGGCAGUCUGCGCAUCCUCAGCGAUCCUGGUCACAACUUCGGCUUCUUGCACCGUUUGGAUGUGCCGAGUUCAGGAUUGAUCGCCUUCGCCAAGACGUACGCCGCCUUCUACGACCUGCAGCUCCAGUUGCAUUUGGGAAGAUGCAUUCGUGAGUACACCUGCCUGGCCCAUGGCUGGCUGGCCCCAUCCUUGACACAAAUCACUGCGAAGGUGCAAUUCGGCACGACAGGACCAACGAUCUCGGGCGGCCGUGGGAAGUGGAGCCAAACUCGCCUGAAACUACUUGGCUACCUGCGGCAUCCUGUGGGUGCUUUCAGCCACCUCAUUCUGCGGAUUGUCACAGGGAGGAAGCAUCAAAUCAGGAGCCACAUGGCUUUCGUCGGCCAUCCCACGGCCCGAGACAGCUACGCAAGCAUGGAGACCUUCGGGGAG